AUGGCUUCAACAGGUUAUGGGCCCAGCAGAGAAUCACGCUGGUCAAGGUUGACUUUCGAUGGAAACGAAAGCAAUUACGAACUGUGGGAAGCGAAAUUCCUCGCGCACAUGAGGUUAUUAAAACUAAAGGAUACUAUCCUGCCGUCUGAAGAAGAGGCUGACGCAACAAAGAACGAAGAAUGCUACGCCGAGCUUAUACAGUGUUUGGACGACACCAGUCUGUCAUUGGUAAUGAGGGAUGCUACCGACGAUGGCCGAAAGGCUUUACAAAUACUCCGAGACCAUUAUGCAAAUCAAGGCAAACCAAGAAUCAUCACACUCUACACUGAGCUAACGUCACUUGAAAAAGCACUUCACGAGACAGUCACAGAUUACUUAAUAAGAGCCGAGAAAGCAAUAACAGCGCUUAAGAACGCCAAAGAAACGUUAAGCGAUGGGCUAAUAAUUGCUAUGAUCUUAAAGGGGCUGCCUGAUUCAUAUAAACCGUUCUCGAUACAUGUGACCCAAAGUGCAAGUGAGAUAACGUUCGCGAAGUUUAAGAGCAUGUUGAGGAGCUUCGAAGAAACGGAAAAGCUCAACACCAAACCGAAAGUUGAUCAGGUAAUGAAAGCUGAGUUUUCUUCGCAAACAAUGACAUGUUAUGGCUGCGGGAAAAGAGGGCAUUUAGUCAGAGAGUGCCCUGCUAAGAGCGAGAAGAAGUGGUGUAACUAUCACAAAAGUACAACACACUCGGAUAGCACCUGCAGAAGUCUACAAAAGAGCAAAGACCAAGCCAAACAGGUGUCGGAGAAAGAAAACACUUCUAAAGAUGAACAUUCAUUUGCAUUAAAAUUUAACGACGAAACAACAGGGAAAAUCAAUCGAAUGGGAAUGUUGGUUGACACAGGUGCCACUUCUCACAUUGUUACUACUGAUAUUUUAAAGCAAAUAGACAUGACAUUUAAACCAUCAAAACAUUUCAUUGAACUGGCUGAUGGCACACGAGCCAGUAAUAUUGCAUUGAAACGAGGGGAUGCUGAAGUGUUUCUGAAAGAUACAAAUGGAAAAUGUGUGAAAACGGUGCUGAAAACGCCUUAUAUAUACCAUCCUAUCCUCAAGAUAUUUUCUCAGUGAAGGCAGCCACAUCAAAUGGAGCCGAGCUUCGAUUUGCCCAAGAUACUGGUGAGCUAACCCUUGAAGAUGGUACCAUUGUUGAAAUUGAAGAACAUGGACGGUUGUACUAUUUGACUUCCAUAGACAGUCAUGAGAACGAGAGCGUAAGUGAAGUAGAUAAAGUAAAUCUCUCGUAUGAUAUUAACACAUGGCAUGAAAUCCUAGGGCACUGCAAUUUUGAAGAUAUUAUAAAACUACAGGGGGUAGUUAAGGGCAUGAAAUUCUCAGGUAAAAUUGAGUCAUCUAAGUUAGGUUGUAAUACAUGUGUGGAAGGAAAAUUUGUGAACAGCAGGAGUAGGAUUCCUGAUGCAAGAUCUCAAAAAUCAUUGGAGAAAGUGCAUGUGGAUUUGGCAGGUCCAGUUUCUCCUGUAUCAAGAGAGGGGUUUAAGUACUGCAUAGCUUUUACUGAUGAUUUCUCAGGAGCAGUAUUUGUUUACUUUCUGAAAUGUAAAAGUGACACCUUUGUAACAACAGAGAAAUUUCUAGCAGACAUCACUCCUUAUGGCAAGGUAAGUUGCAUCCGUUCUGACAAUGGCUCAGAAUUUACAGGUAAGGCGUUUCAAACACUACUAAGGGAGCGUGGCAUAAAACAUGAAACUUCUGCUCCCUACUCGCCACACCAGAAUGGCACCGCCGAAAGGCACUGGCGCACAUUGUUCGAAAUGGGCAGAUGUCUUCUUCAAUCAGGGUUACCCAAAACUCUCUGGCCCUAUGCAAUUCAAACCGCAGCUCACAUUAGGAAUAGAUGUUUUAAUAAGAGAACAAAGACAACACCCUACUUUAGCCUUACUGGGAAAGUACCUGAUCUUUCUAAAAUGUGGAUCUUUGGAUCGGAAUGUUUUGCUUACGAACAGGAGCAUAAGAAAUUAGACUCAAGAUGCAGCAAGGGGGUAUUUGUGGGAUACGACAAAAAUAGCCCUUCUUACCUAGUGUACUACCCCAAAAAUGGGAAAAUCAUGAAACAUCGACUCAUUAGAUUCAUCAAGAAAUGUAGUGUAGAACAGCACACACAAACUGAUGAGUCCAGCAGGGAUUGUGAUGAUGAGUCCAGCAGGGAUUGUGAUGUACAUGAGAAAUCUGACCAUGAUACUAGAUCAGACUUAGAUAGUAUGAGCCUCCCUGUUUUAAGUGCAAUGCCGCCAAAUACAGUGCCUGAUGAGGAGCCUAGGGAUAGUGAGGGAAGGCAUUGCAGCCAUACUGAGAAUGACAGUGAGACAAAACGGUAUCCUCAAAGAGAAAGGAACCCUCCCAGAUACCUAGAAGAGGACACCCUCCUCCCUAAGAAUGCCGAUUGUGCCCACAUUAGUGUAGAUUACUGCUACAAAGUUUGUGGAUUACCACAAAAUUACACAGAAGCCAUGGGAUCACCUCAAGCCAGGGAGUGGGAGCAAGCAAUGAAGGAAGAGAUCAGCUCUCUGAAGGAAAAUGAUACUUACGAAUUAUCAACUUUACCAGAAGGUAAAACUUCAGUAGGGGGAAAAUGGGUGUACACAACCAAACAAGAUCAGAAUGGCAUAGAGUCCUUUAAGGCCAGAUAUGUAGCGAAGGGUUACAGCCAGGUAAAGGGUAUAGAUUAUCAAGAAACUUUCGCCCCGACAGCCAGUAUUACUUCAAUUAGGGUCUUAAUGCAGUUAGCAGUAAAACAUGAUCUUAUUGUCCACCAGAUGGACGUUACAAUUUACAAUUUAUAA